AUGACCCUGGCUUGGUUGCUAGAAUCUUGGGGUGGCAUCCGGAUUCAAUUCCCAGGCUCAUCUGCAAGGAAAAGCUCGGCUGAUCGUAAGGCUGAGCGUUUCGAUCUAGCCCCAUUUUAUGUGCUUAUUGAGGGCGAAUACUGUGCUGAUCUGCUUUCCGCCUUGCUGAGCGCCAGCUGCUGGACCCUGAAUGUGGCCCUGUCUGCUGCUUUCGACUUUUCUGCUGAAGAGCCAUCGGUUAAUGUCAGGGGCUUACAAGCAGUACCGAUGCUUGAUACGGAUGGCUAA